AUGGCGAAGAACGACGACUCCGCGCCGGAUCUGAAGAUUCUCGGCGACCAAAUCACCCUUCAACCUAGCGGCUAUAUCAAGCCCUCCCAGCCACGCGAUGACGAAAAGGAAGAGGCUCUGAUGAAGCACAUGGCACGCUUUCGCCAGGAACCGUUACACCUCAACGUCGAUCCAGGAACAAGGCUAAUUUAUUUUCUUCAUACUAGAUUCCUCCGCGAAGUCUCUCUUUAUGUCUCCGGCACCGGCUGGCGAGCCUACGAUAAUGCUAUCGGCCAACCCAUCUUUUAUUCCGGCUUUAGCGACAAGAUGAAGGAAGCCGUGCUCUCGGCGCCCUUAUUACAGUCACGCAUCGCGGAUCUCGCUGAAAAGCGUGUCGCUGUCGAGGAAAAAGAAGGGCUGUUGAAUAAGCAAGACAAAGACUUUGCCAUGAAGCGCGCACGCAGACGAGCUGUCAUUGAGUCUGGUAUCCAAGAGGUGGCUGACAAGAUGACGGACGACAUGAUUUGCAAGUUUGAGAGCAAAACCUUCAUCAGAAGCGCAUACUAUCUUGUCACCCAGUUGACGUUGCGGGCCUAUAACCAAGGCAUCCACGUCUCUAGCGAAGAGGUUCUGCGACUGAGAAAGGUUGCUGAAGAGGCCGAAAAGAAGAAGCAGAGCAUCAUAUUCCUGCCCUGCCAUCGAUCGCACGUCGACUAUGUUUCUCUCCAGCUUAUCUGCUACCGCCUUGGUCUCGGCUUGCCCGUCGUCGUAGCUGGCGACAACCUGAACUUUCCUCUUGUAGGAAGCUUCUUGCAGCAUGCCGGUGCCAUGUGGAUUCGGAGAGCGUUUGGCGAUGACAUUCUUUACACUACUCUCGUGCAAACGUAUAUCGACACGCUGCUGCAAGGUGGCUACAACUUUGAAUGUUUCAUCGAGGGUGGCCGCUCAAGGACAGGAAAGUUGUUGCCUCCCAAGUUUGGUAUCCUUAGCUUCAUUUUGGACAGUAUUCUCUCAGGUCGCGUGGAGGACGCCAUCAUCUGCCCAGUGAGCACGCAGUACGACAAGGUCAUUGAAACCGAGGGCUACGUUACCGAGCUGUUGGGCGUGCCCAAAAAGAAAGAGAACCUGGCGGACUUCCUUUCCGGGGGUUCUUCAGUCUUGUCUCUGAGACUUGGCCGAGUUGACGUCAGGUUCCACGAGCCCUGGAGCUUGCGCGGCUUCAUCAACGAGCAGCUCACGAGACUGGAAAGAUUACCGACCGGCCUCAAUAUGGACACAAAGAACCCCGAAAACACGGCUAUCCGACAGAAGCUUCUUCGAAUUCUAGGCUACAAGGUCUUAUCGGACAUCAAUGAUGUCUCUGUCGUCAUGCCUACAGCCUUGAUUGGCACUGUCCUGCUCACGCUGAGAGGCAGAGGUGUAGGCAAGACUGAACUUGAGCGACGCGUUCUGUGGCUCACCGACCGUGUGCGGGCAAAGGGUGGCAGAGUCGCUCACUUUGGAGCUGCGCCCCUCUCGGACAUUAUCGAACGCGGUCUCGAUGUUCUGGGCAAGGAGCUGGUUGGCGUCGUGAAAGACCUUCCAGAGCCUACCUACUACGCUGUUGAUCGCUUCCAGCUGUCCUUCUAUCGCAACAUGACUAUUCAUCUGUUCAUUUCGGAGGCUAUUGUCAGCGCCGCCAUGUACAUGAAGGUGAAGCAGGGUGGUGGCCCGGCCAUGCAGGAUAUCUCCUUCCAAGAGCUGCAAGACCAGAUUCAGUUCCUGUCAUCACUGUUCCGUGGAGAGUUCAUCUUCCCGAGUGAAGGUCUAGCUGCCAACUUGGAAAAGACGCUGCGAGACCUGGAGGCGGACAAGGUGCUGAAAUUGCACCGGGAUGAUCAGGGCAAGGUGGUUGUGGUAGGUCUUUCAGAUCACGAGAGAGCUGUCGGACGGGAGAACUACGACUUUUACUGCUUCCUUAUUUGGCCGUUUAUCGAGGCUAGUUGGCUUGCAGCUGUCUCGUUGAUGGGCUUGUCGCCGCCUCUGGGCCAGAAGGAUGACAUCUGGAUUGAGGUUGCAAAAGCCCAGGGCAGUGCACAAGUGCUCGGCAAGACACUCUACCACCAAGGCGAUCUUAGCUACUUUGAGGCGGUCAACAAAGAGACGUUGAAGAACGCCUACCAACGAUUUGAGGAAGAAGGUAUCCUUCAGGUUGUCAAGUCAAAAGACCCCAAGGUUCCUCCACGUCUGCGUCUCGACCCAGAAUGGCGCCCCUCUCGCGAUCCGGAGACCGGCACCCUUAACGCCUCUGGUCGCCUGUGGGACUUUACCGAGAAGAUCGCUUCCAGUCGUCGCGAGGGAAAGAAUCGUCGUGAUGGCGCUACUGUCAGUACUCGGGUGCUCCGUCUGACCGACUUGCUGGGAAGCAAACUAUUUGAUGCUGCCAGAAACAUUGACGGCAAGGGAGUGUCGCCCCUGUUGAGUAUCGAAGACGCGCGGCAGUUGAAGAAAAGCGUCAAGGAGCAAAGGAGGCGCAGAUCUCUGGAGAACCGCGCGCACCUGUGA